AUGGCCACAGAAGCCCCUGUGAAUAUAGGCCCCCCUGAAUGCAGCACCGCCGUCAGCACAGCAGCCGACCGCUUCAUCUGGCAGCCAAACUCACUGACCAUGCAUGUCAUAAGGCCCAAGUCGGCCAAGGGACGUACACGGCCAAGUCUACACAAACCCCAGGGCACAGGGGUACGCUCUCGCUGCACGCCGUCCUCUCCACCUCCAGCCAUUCCCUGCGAGUCGCCAGGCAGCCAGAAAGCAGGAGCCUGUGCGCCCAGGUCUCCAAAUAAGGGAGCUCCCGAUGAGGUCCCUGAACUGCUGCAGCAGGUGCCCAUGGGGGCUUCCUCCUCCCUCAAUAAAUACCGGGUCCUCCCUUCCAUCAGCAGGAAGGCCCAGGAGGAGGGAGCUGUGGAAACGGUAGCUGAAAGGGCCGGCUCUCUGCAGCUGAGCUGCAUCCAAGAGGAGACCCGCACCACAAAGCCAAGCCAGGACGAUCCCAGAGCCCCCCUUCACUCCCGGGAGAGGAUGCUCAUCAUCCAGGCCAAGAGACAGAGCGCCUCAGGGGCUGGGGACCCGGAGGAACCCUCCGAUCAGGAGCCAAGGCUGCUACUUGCCGUCAGAUCACCAUCGGGCCGAAGGUUCGUUCGCCAUUUCCGGCCAACUGAUGACUUACAGACCAUUGUGGCCGUGGCCGAGCGCAAGAACAAGGCCACCUACCGACACUGCAGCAUUGAAACGAUGGAGGUGCCCAGGAGGUGUUUCUCCGACCUCACCAAGUCUCUGCAGGAGUGCAGGAUCCCUCACAAGUCGGUUCUGGUGCUGGGCAUCUCACAGGAAGAUGGGGAGCGGUGGGGCUGA